AUAAUGUAGCCUACAAUCUUCUCUUCCUAAAGCAAUGGGAACUCCUUCAUGAAGUUACUCCUCAAUACUGAAAGUCGGAUCGACUUGCUUGUGACAUUUUUUAACCCAAAUCAGAUUUAAUAGUGUUUUUUUGCGCUAAAUUACCAUGCAUACACCUCCCCAAAGCCUUCGAAGUCCCCAUCUGUACAGUGACUGAUGCAGGGAAUAUAACAGAGUAGUGGAUGAGUUUAGACCCGCCCCAUGGGGGGAACUACAGUAGCCUACGUGGUGCUUCUCCUCCACACGGAGCACACAUUAAACACCGUCUGGAUACUUUUUUUGGGGUGUUUUUAUCGUAAAACAAACAAAAGAAAAAGUGAAUCCUGUCCGAAAUGUCUUGUUUAUCCAAACGCUUGAAAAGAACCAAAUCCGAAGAGGAGGCUUUCCUGGAGAAGGCGAAAAGAAUUGCGCACGAGAAUGGGAAACGGCUAGGAUUGGAGGGAGAUGCAGAUCUAAAUUUCCUGCUGGUCGGCGGGGAACUGAUCAAGAUCCGCUCGAGCUCCUGGAAGAGGAACCGCUUCUUCAAACUGCAGGAGGACUGCAAGACGCUGUGGUACAAGUCCCACAAAACAUUCAGGAAAAACCAGACGUUCUCCAUCGAUGACAUUGAGUCAAUCCGAAAAGGCCGUCAAUCUGAAGGUCUCAACAAACACACCGACCCCAGCGUGGAAGAAAUGUGCUUCUCCAUCAUCUUCAAGGGCCGCAAGAAAAAUCUGGAUCUGAUGGCGGCCAAUGGGUCGGAGGCGAAGCAGUGGGUCAGCGGCCUGGACAAGAUCAUCCAUAACAUGCGCAACCUGAGCCGCCAGCAGAAGAGUGAGCAUUGGAUCAUCAACUGCAUGCGGAAAGCAGACAAGAACGCAGACAACAAGAUGACGCUGAAGGAGCUGAAGCACUUCCUGAGGCAGGUCAACGUGGAAGUGGACGACACUUACGCUGCGGAGAUUUUCAAGACAUGCGACACGUCCAACUCAGGCUCCUUGGAGGGCGAGGAGAUCGAGCACUUCUACGACCUGCUGACGCACCGAGAGGAGGUCGACGUGAUCUACGGGAAGUACGCUCAAACCGAGGGUCAGAUGAGCAGCAAAGACCUGCUGAACUUCCUGCUGACCGAGCAGAUGGAGAAGGUGUCCAUGGAGGACGCUCUCAAGCUGAUAGAGAAAUACGAAGUGGAUGGAACAGCGAAGCAGAACAAACGCAUGUCCAAAGAUGGCUUCCUGAUGUACCUGCACAGGGAGGAGGGCUCCAUCUUCAACCCGGCACACAAACAGGUGUAUCAGGACAUGCACCAGCCCCUCAACCACUACUACAUCUCAUCGUCACACAACACGUACCUGAUGGAAGACCAACUCAAAGGGCCCAGCAGCACAGAAGCCUACAUAAAAGCGCUGAUGAAGAGCUGCCGCUGUGUGGAGCUGGACUGUUGGGACGGGGCUAACGGAGAGCCGGUCAUUUACCACGGAUACACACUCACAUCCAAAGUGCUCUUCAGAGACGUCAUCAAAGCCAUCAACGACUACGCCUUCAAAACCUCUGACUACCCGGUGAUCCUGUCCCUGGAGAACCACUGCAGCGUGGACCAGCAGAAGCUCAUGGCCCAUCACCUGAUCUCCAUCCUGGGAGAGGCUCUGCUCACGAAGCCUGUGGGAAACACCAUGCCCUCCGACUUCCCCUCACCUGAGGGGCUGAAGGGCAAGUUCCUCAUUAAGGGAAAACGAUUAAACAAACUGGAUGCUGCGCUCAACAACAACAACAGCACCUUAGAAGAAGACACCGUGUCUGAGGAGGACGAGGCUGCAGACUGUAAAGAGAACGGACAUAAAUCUAAAUCAAAGAAAUCAAAAAUCAAACUAGCCAAAGCGCUGUCAGACAUCGUGGUCUACUGUAAGAGCGUCCACUUCAGCGGAUUCGAACACGCCAAGGACUGCCAAGUCUUCUACGAGAUGUCGUCCUUCAAGGAGAGCAAAGCCUUCAACCUGGCCGAGAACUCAGGGACUGCAUAUAUCCAUCACAACAUAGACAAACUGAGCAGGAUCUACCCAGCCGGAUCCAGAACCGACUCCUCAAACUAUAACCCUGUUCCUAUGUGGAACGUCGGCUGCCAGAUAGUGGCGCUGAACUUCCAGACUCCCUCUAAGGAGAUGCACAUAAACCAGGGUCGGUUUCUGCAGAACGGUUUGAGCGGAUACGUCCUGAAACCAGAAUUUCAGAGAAGCCUUUCCUCUCAGUUUGAUCCCAACACAGGGCCCUGGCUGAAGAGGAAGACCUUCUAUGUGAUGGUGAUCUCAGCUCAGCAGCUACCUAAAAUCAACAAGGACAAACACAAAUCCAUCGUCGACCCUCUGGUUCGAAUGGAGAUCUACGGCGUCCCGGCAGACAACGCCAGCAAGGAGACGCACUACAUCGAUAACAACGGGUUCAACCCGAUGUGGAAUGAGAAGUUCCAGUUCAACAUCCACGUGGCAGAGCUGGCCCUCCUGCGGUUUGUGGUGGAGGACUAUGACUCAACAUCCCAGAAUGACCUCAUCGGGCAGUACUGUCUACCGCUCAGCAGCGUACAGAACGGAUAUCGCCACGUCCCCCUGCUCACCAAGAGAGGAGACGUCAUCUGCUCCGCCGGACUCUUUGUGCACCUCAUGCUCGUGGACGCUCAGUAAAAAAAAACCUCCAUGUGUUUUUCUGGAAACUCUAAAAGGACCAUGUCCAGUUUUAAAGCUACGUAAUUUAACUCUGAUCAAAUAUUUAAUGGGAUGCUGACUCACCGUUGUCUGCCUAACACUUUCCUGUUGUUUUGUAAUUUUCAAAGAGAAGUGUGUUUGAUUGAAGCAACAAGAGAGUGAAUGAAUGAACGAGCAGUGUGGUAAAUUAUUUAAGGAAAGUCUUUAAACUGUAUAUUUCAUAUUGGGGAGAAGUACAAUAAAUUACAGGAGUAAAAUCCAGCUUUUGGAUAUUCCUGAAUAGUGUUGUAAUGUUUAUAAAUGUGUUGACGCUUCAGGAUCAUACGAAUCAUGGACACGAUGUAUUAAAAGCACAACAAGCACCUAACAGAUUUAGUGACUUCA